UCCAUAGGAGUGAUGUUAACAACUGUAAAAAUGUGCAGUUGUAACAGUAAUAGUAAUAAUAAUGAAAAUAGUGAUAAUAAUGGAAAGUCAAUUCGCUUCAAAUGUUAGUUUCACAGUGUUUACUAAAAUUCAACCUGCGUUGAAUCUACAUUUCUCCUCAUGACGACAAUGCUAUGAAGUAUACUUUAUAGGUUUCAGAAACAACUAUGCAAAGACAGGUGAGUUUAUUCAGUAAUUACUUCCAUCUGCAACCAAUUAAUACUACAGUAAACAAUUCUGUUGGCAUUGGCGAUAAUGUAGAGUCAUUGAUGAAGUGAAUGACCUUUAAGGGUAGGAAGUAACGUGUUCGAUUGCCCUUGGUCUAUAGAAGUUUGUUCAGUCAGCUUUAAUAUUGAAAGUGACUUGAGUAAAAUAAUAAGUAUCCAAGUAUAACUAUGGUUACCAAACUGCUCAUUAGUUUUCCACACAUUCACUGUUACUAUAUUUGCAAUUAUUAUUACUUUGUUGGAUAAGUUCACAUCAAAAGACGCUUAUGAUCUGUCUGUACACUCCUUUACUCACACAAUAUAACAGAAUCGGAUAAUUUUAUUAGGCAUUGUGAAAUAGUAGACUUUGAAACCAAAUAGGAUCGAUGAACUAAUUUCAAAUAUGAUAAAUAUUGGUGGAUGUAACUGUGAAGUACGCCUGUGUAUCAGCUUACUAAGAAGGAAAAAUCCUAAUAUUACUUCGCAUAAAACCGCAAAACUUUCAGUUAACGAAAUAUUCAAAUGAAUAAAACGAAGGUUGGAUUCGUUUUGGGGAUCAUUGUAACACUUUUGUGGUGUCUGAAUUACGUAGUUAGGAGAAAUUUUCUGCAAUCUGAACAGUUGAGUUCAGCGCUUCCAACACAAAGUAUGAAAUCAUUCGUCACAAAUUCAUCGAGAAUUCCAACUAAUUGGAGUCAGAAGAAGAAAAGAACGAAACAGCGAUAUAUUUCAUCACAAAUGGAAAGGAAUGAGAACAAACUGACUCUGGGCUUUACUGAGAAGUAUCUCGAGAAUCUAUACGAUAAUAAGAAGAGAGAGUCUGGUAUCAAGAAAAAAUUAAUUGUGAACUAUGGUAGAAUUCAGAUAACUACCAUUAGUAACUUCUCUUCAUGUCAUGCCUGUGAAUGUGAACUGACAUUUGAUAGAUCCAAAUGGCAAGAGUCUGAUAUUGUCAUCUUAACAGACCAGACCUAUCCUCAUGGAGAAAGGCGACCGAAUCAAUUAUGGUUCAUUUUUGUACAUGAGUCUCCUCUUCAUGUGAGUAUCGCCGAUUACUUGGGCAACAAAGUAAACUACACAAUCACCUUCCGAACGGAUUCCUCAGUCUACCUUCCGUAUCAUAAUUAUAAGCCAAUCGAUCCAACUCAUGGUCCGGAUACAAGAUAUCCACUUCCUUCUCGUAAUUAUGCUACUGGGAAGACUAAAAUGGCUGCAUGGUUUGUGACUAAUUGUUUCGGUAAAAGUCCAAGAAAUCAAUAUGUGCAGGAGCUGUCAAAGCAUUUAAAGAUUGAUAUUUAUGGAAGAUGUGGUACAAAGAGCUGCCCGAGAACUUCAGAAACUGAGUGUUUCAAGCUUCUUGAGAAAGACUACAAAUUCUACCUAAGCUUUGAAAACAGCUUAUGUCCGGAUUAUAUAACGGAGAAGCUUUUCAGGAAUGGUUACAUGAAUAAUAUAGUUCCCGUUGUUAUGGGGGCGUCAGUUGAGGAGUAUGAACGCGUUUCACCAGCUCACUCAUUCAUCCAUGUAGAUCAAUUUGAAUCACCUGCAAAGCUUGCUGAAUAUCUCAAGUAUUUGGACCGUAAUGACACCGCAUAUAACGAAUACUUUGCAUGGCAUGGUCAUGGAGUUAUAGAUGACUGGAAGCCUAGACCGAUGUGUUUGUUGUGCUUAUUCGCUCAUGUUGUCGAUCAGCUUCAGCCACAUUCAUUUCCAAAUGUUUCUCAGUGGUGGAAUGGUGCUUGCAAUGGUCGAAAACUGCGUUGGAAUCCUAGUAGCCGAUGAAGUAUUUUCACUUCCAGUCGUAGUUAUUCCUACGUGAUUGCCAUAAUCUUAAGCCUGUUGUGUAACUUGUGAAGGCUCUACUGUUAUUUUGUAAAUAAAUCGAAAGGAAACAUUAUGUAUGCACCAUCAUCAUCAUCAUCAUCGUUUUGUAAUACUAUGUGAAGUGCAUAUGUUGGAUUUCAGUUAUCGAUCGUUUGCUGCAAUAACUAGUAAUUCAUGUGAUGCAGCAGACAAUACAUUCCUAAAAAGGAUGUAGCCAUAAUUUCAUGAGUUUAGUGCAAACGGAAUGUGUUAUAGUUGCAAUGGACUAUUUACAUAAAGACAUUUACGUUUC